UGGUGUAAGGGUUUGGGUUGUGUUUACCUUUACCAGCUGUUUGCUUUUUUACACCGGGCCUUGCACAAUCACUUGAAAGGUCCGUCAGCUGAAAAUAACACAGGCUUAAUUAAGUCCUUGUGUGGAGGUGGUUUGUUAUUUAUGUAUACACCCACCGUCUGUCAGUGUCAUGUACAGCUGUGAAACAACAACAACGUCCAGCUGAGUGAGGUGAAGAAUCGCUCAGUGAAAGUUUUGACCGCACGUGACAAGCUUGUAUUAUCUGUUGACUGAACAUAUUUAUUUACUACACCGCUCCUCCAUAACUAAGUCAAUCCGCAUUAAAAAAUGGAAGGGGCUUCAACAGAUGGUCUUCCUGCGCAAGAAUCUCCAUCCAGAGUGUCUAACACCAUAUCAACAGGCCGCAGGCUACCCCGAAAGUCUGCCCCCAAAUAUUCCUCAUGUCUCCUGUACAGCACCAAAGAGGCUAAGGAAAUACUGGAUGGACUGACAAUAGCCUGCUGUAACCCUAGUUACGAGGGAGAGGGUUUGACUAUCGCACCAAAAGAAAUGGUUCAGAUAACAGUAUCAGGAAACGUUUCAGAGAUAAAAAAAGAAUUCCUGGUGUCUGAAAAGAUGUCCUGUAACUUUUGCCAGACGGAAUUUCCUCACAGAAAUGAACAGAAACAUCAUUACCGUUCGGACUGGCAUCGGUUCAACCUCAAACAGCGCAUCAAGGGCCUUAACUCUGUCUCAGAAGAUGCAUUUGAAACAAUCUCAGGAAAUAUCUCCAGUCUCUCCGGGUCUGAUACAGAUUCUGAUGGCUCUGACACAGAGAGCGAUUGUCCUCCUCGUAGCAAACCUCUAGGCGUUCCCGCCCGGAUGAGACAGUCUCUUUGCAAUGGCAGUGAUAGCGAGUCAGAGAGUGGCUUGUACCAGGAAAAUCCCUCGGCCAGGAAAUACCCUAAAGUCUUCCUGAGGAAUUCGUCGGGGCAGCUCAUUUCCCUGUAUAGGUGUGUCCUCUAUCACAAAAAGAACCCUCCAGAGACUUGUGCUGACAUCACAACCAUCGCCUCCAGUCUCCCCGAUCACAUGACCUGGGUCGUCAUGAUGGCAGGAGGCGGCCAUUUUGCUGCUGCUAUUUUUGACAGAGACACUGUGGUACAACACAAAACUUUUCACCGUUACGUUGUGCGAGCAAAGCGGGGAUCGGCUCAGGGCAGUCGCGACUCCCAGGGAAAUGCGCCGAAAUCCGGAGGUGCGAGUCUGAGGCGGUACAACGAAGCUGCGCUCAUGCAGGACAUUCAAGACCUGAUAGCCUCAUGGGAUGACCUCAUUAAAAAAUGUGACCUCAUUUUUCUCAGAGCUCCGAGUUUUAACCGACAGAUUUUCUUUGGGGGCAAAAACCCUCCCUUUCGUAAACAUGAUCCCCGGAUAAGAAUCAUUCCGUUCCCAACGAGGAGAGCGACGUACAAAGAGGUUCGCAGGGUUCACGAAAUGCUGGCGUCAAUUGAGUGCUACGGCAAGGAAGAGGAUAUUCGAGAGUUCGUUCCCUUGUCACCACGCCGGACAUUUAGCUUGGAAAGUGGUCAUCUGGAACCAAUCACUGACAAUUCUGAGUUUCCUAGUCCCAAGAAAAAAUCGCCAAAAAACAAAGCGAGGCUAUCUCCCUUAGCCAGGACCAAUUCACAAGAGGAUCAGUCUGCUGUCACUGAUGUCACUCACCCAAAUUUACCUGUACUAGACAGCCUUUUGCGAGACCGAAGACAGUCAACGUCUUCUGUUGGGUCAUCUGCCAGUGAUGUUGACCUGGUGUGUUUGCAUCAGGAGAUUUCAACACUUAACCUAAAACUGUUUGAAGCUACCAGAAAGCCUCGGAGAAAAAAGCAGAAGAAGAAGGGUGAUAUACUGUCCAAACAUCAAGUAGAACCGGAGAGUAAUGUUUUUGAAGAGGAAAAGUACCAUCUGAAGAACUCUCUGUACACAGCCUGUAAAGUAGGAGAUGUGGACAGUCUGAAAAAUUUACUGGCCAUUUUCAACCCUCCAGCAACUGAUCAGUCACCACCACCAACAACAGCUGAACAAGGGAAGCUUGAGGCUAGUUCUAGCAAUGCUGGGUCAUUGGAUCUGAGUCACAUCACCAGUAAUUCAGCCUCUCAGGAAAAAGAUCUCCCCAAGACAAAAGCCAAUCACAACCAUUGUCGCAAAUCAACCAAUCAGAGCAAAGAAAAGCUUGAUACUAGUGACAAUAAUGCCGAGUCAUUCUCAAGUCACAUCUGCAAUAAUUCAACCAAUCAGGAAGACGAUAUGUCUAAUACAAAAGCCAAUCAUAUCCAUGGUCACAAAUCAACCAAUGAGGGCCAAGAUAAUGCUUUUGAAGGUGUGUUGAACAAAAAGAACCAUCCCGAGGACUUUUGUAAUGAAGAAACUAAAGCAAGUGGUUUUGAUUUAAAGGAAAAUAAAAGUGUUGGCAUCACUAGUGAUAACAAUAAGGAGAGCAAUAAACUAAUCAGAUCUCAUAGUGGUUUUCAUUUAUCUGUAUCUCAACAAUCGGCUGGGAAGGUUGCCAUGAAGACAUACUCCACAGAGAUACUGUCACCAGUAGUUACCCACCAGCUGUUAAAUGAACCUAUCGGAGACAGCUGUAUGACCUUAUUACAUGUCGCAUCAAAGGAGGGACAUAAAAGCAUUCUGGGACUUCUGCUGGCGGCUGGAGCAGAUCCAUCUGUCAAGGAUCAUUUUGGACAGACACCUUACACAAGCAGCAAGAGUAAAGAAGUGCGGAAUGAAUACAGGCGGUUUAUGGCUAGAUUUCCUGACAGAUACGAUUACCUAAAAGCAGAGAUCCCUGGUCCAUUGACAGAAGAUAUGGAGAAGGAGAGAAAAAAGAAAGAAGCAGAGAGGAAGAAGGUGCAGAGAAAAGCCAAGCAGGAGAGGCUAAAGGAUCAGAGAGCUGAGGAAGAAAGACAGAAAGCUGAGGAAAAUGAGAAGAAGAGAUUCCUGUCUCUGUCAGACAGAGAAAAGAGAGCGCUAGCAGCUGAGAGACGCCAAAUGAAGAGUGCCUUAUCCUCAGGGGGAGUAAUUCCUGUCCUUGCAAGGUGCUUCCAUUGUGCCUCUGACAUGACGGGCAAGGUGCCGUUUGAGUACAGCGACUUCAAGUUCUGCUCAACCAAAUGUCUGAAGGAACACAGGCUAAAGACCCAGCCGCCUCUGAUGAAUGAGAUCAUAGACUCUGAUCCAGCUCUUGCUAAAGUGGCACCAGUUUCAGACAGCCUUUUGCGAGACCGAAGACAGUCAACGUCUUCUGUUGGGUCAUCCGCCAGUGAUGUUGACCUGGUGUGUUUGCAUCAGGAGAUAUCAACACUUAACCUUAAACUGUUUGAAGCUACCAGAAAGCCUCGGAGAAAAAAGCAGAAGAAGAAGGGUGAUAUACUGUCCAAACAUCAAGUAGAACCGGAGAGUAAUGUUUUUGAAGAGGAAAAGUACCAUCUGAAGAACUCUCUGUACACAGCCUGUAAAGUAGGAGAUGUGGACAGUCUGAAAAAUUUACUGGCUAUUUUCAACCCUCCAGCAACUGAUCAGUCACCACCACAAACAACAGCUGAACAAGGGAAGCUUGAGGCUAGUUCUAGCAAUGCUGGGUCAUUGGAUCUGAGUCACAUCACCAGUAAUGCAGCCUCUCAGGAAAAAGAUCUCCCCAAGACAAAAGCCAAUCACAACCAUUGUCACAAAUCAACCAAUCAGAGCAAAGAUAAGCUUGAUACUAGUGACAAUAAUGCCGAGUCAUUCUCAAGUCACAUCUGCAAUAAUUCAACCAAUCAGGAAGACGAUAUGUCUAAUACAAAAGCCAAUCAUAUCCAUGGUCACAAAUCAACCAAUGAGGGCCAAGAUAAUGCUUUUGAAGGAGUGUUGAACAAAAAGAACCAUCCCGAAGACUUUUGUAAUGAAGAAACUAAGGCAAGUGGUUUUGAUUUAAAGGAAAAUAAAAGUGUUGGCAUCACUAGUGAUAACAAUAAGGAGAGCAAUAAACUAAUCAGAUUUCAUAGUGGUUUUCAUUUAUCUGUAUCUCAACAAUCGGCUGGGAAGGUUGCCAUGAAGACAUACUCCACAGAGAUACUGUCACCAGUAGUUACCCACCAGCUGUUAAAUGAACCUAUCGGAGACAGCUGUAUGACCUUACUACAUGUGGCAUCAAAGGAGGGACAUAAAAGCAUUCUGGGACUUCUGCUGGCGGCUGGAGCAGAUCCAUCUGUCAAGGAUCAUUUUGGACAGACACCUUACACAAGCAGCAAGAGUAAAGAAGUGCGGAAUGAAUACAGGCGGUUUAUGGCUAGAUUUCCUGACAGAUACGAUUACCUAAAAGCAGAGAUCCCUGGUCCAUUGACAGAAGAGAUGGAGAAGGAGAGAAAAAAGAAAGAAGCAGAGAGGAAGAAGGUGCAGAGAAAAGCCAAGCAGGAGAGGCUAAAGGAUCAGAGAGCUGAGGAAGAAAGACAGAAAGCUGAGGAAAAUGAGAAGAAGAGAUUCCUGUCUCUAUCAGACAGAGAAAAGAGAGCGCUAGCAGCUGAGAGACGCCAAGUGAAGAGUGCCUUAUCCUCAGGGGGAGUAAUUCCUGUCCUUGCAAGGUGCUUCCAUUGUGCCUCUGACAUGACGGGCAAGGUGCCGUUUGAGUACAGCGACUUCAAGUUCUGCUCAACCAAAUGUCUGAAGGAACACAGGCUAAAGAGCUCUGCCAAGAAAUCAUAACACCUGCUAACCCU